CUUUCAAGGCGCACCAAAAAAAAAAAAAAAAAGAUUCCCAUACACAACCAACUCCCAAAAAAAAGAACAACAACCUUUACCAUCGAAUUUCUCAGCUUGUCUUCUCUUGAUCCCUCCACUUCCCUGCACAACUUUCCAGGCCCAUCAGCAAACAUGGCCGACGCGGGAAACAACCAGCAGCAGAAGGCUAAGUCCCUCCAGACUACCAAGACACCUGAGCCUCGUUUGGAUCAGCAACUCGCCAACGGUCAGGACAACGGCAACAACACCCCCAGCACUCCGGGUGUCUUUCCGGCUUUUGAUUGGGAGGAUUUCGAAGCCAGAUAUGAGAAGGCUCUCGCCGAUGCAGACGAGAAAGAGCGCGAGCUUUUGCUCGAAUUCGACGGUCUUGUCAAGUACUUCAACGUCUGGGCAUCCACUUCCAGCGCCCAUGACAAUGAGCGCGCAGUCAAGCGCCUUCAUACCAGACAGAGAUUUGUCAAUCUGGAGGAACAGAGCAUGGCUCAGAAGCAGGAGCACAUGACUGAGGUUCUCCGAGCCUUCCAAAGCGCCCUCGCCCUCUUGAGCAAGUCUUAA